GGGGGCAGGGGGUUCCAUCAUGGCGUCAAUGCAGAAAAGAUUACAGAAGGAGCUAAUGGCUUUGCAAAAUGACCCACCCCCAGGAAUGACUUUAAAUGAGAAGAGUGUACAAAAUUCAAUUACACAGUGGAUUGUAGACAUGGAAGGAGCUCCAGGCACAUUAUAUGAAGGAGAGAAAUUUCAGCUUCUCUUCAAGUUCAGCGGUCGUUACCCUUUUGAUUCACCUCAGGUUAUGUUCACUGGUGACAAUAUUCCAGUUCAUCCUCACGUUUACAGCAACGGACAUAUUUGUCUUUCCAUUCUGACAGAAGACUGGUCUCCAGCUCUCUCUGUGCAGUCAGUCUGUCUUAGCAUCAUCAGCAUGCUUUCCAGUUGCAAAGAAAAGAGGCGGCCUCCUGAUAAUUCAUUUUAUGUAAGGACAUGUAAUAAAAAUCCAAAGAAAACAAAAUGGUGGUAUCAUGAUGAUACAUGUUGAUGUUCAGAUUCUUGUAGAGGAAAAAGUACUGCUGAGUCCAAAAGCACUUUGAUCAGUCAAACUUUGAACUUUAACACAAACUUGCCUGCAGGCGCUAGAGACUACUUCCUUUACUGCAUUUCUACUAGUGUACAUUAGGGCACAUGCUGAUAGCUGGUUACAUUCCUGCAACUGACCCUAUUUGAUUUAUUGAACAGUAUUAAUGCAGCAUUUAGGAAGAAAUCUUGUAGUUUCAACAAUUAAACAUCUCUGUUGUUUAGUUUACUGUGAGGAUAUACCUCGUGAGAAGGUUUAAAGCCCUCCUAUGUUGUGCAAUAAAUGGAUAUUGGCGCAUGCUUGAAGAUUUAAAACAAAGGAAAUCUGUGCAAUAAAAGCAAAGGGAUCCAUUUUUAAUUGAUAUUUGCAAUUUUAUUAUUGUACCAAAUUUGAUGCAUUGUGGUCACAUGGUAUGUAAAAACUUGUGGCAUGUUUUGCUGCAACAACAAAUUGCAUUUAAUGAAGCAUUCCAAAACUUAAGAAAAAUUUUGAAUGCCAAUUGUCUCUUUACAAAAAUAUAUUUAAUUUAUUGUACUUAAGUUGAGCCAAAUUGCCUUCGGAAAAAUAUAUUCUUCGUGGGUAUUUGUCAGGGUCAUUGACUAGCCUUCAGUGUGGGCCCUUGUGCUCCUUUUUCCCAAAAAGACAGUUUUAAACUGGAACACAACCAUAAUGUAUUGCUUCGCAUUCAUCUUUGUUUCUCCAAUAUCACAUUUUUGUUAUCAUACUUGAAGCUUCUAAUAUGAAAUAUAUUUUGAACGAAAAGCUGUUUUGUCCUAAUAUUGUCCUGUAAAUUAUUUCACUUGUAAAUGACACCUUGUCUUUAAUUCUUUACACUAUAAAAAUUUCAAUCCAUCUUGAAGGAUACAAUUAAUGUUUUGACAUAUUACUUAAAGAUGUUUAACAUAUAUGUUGCUAUGUUAUAGUUUAUUAGCUUCUCAUUAUUAUGAAAAGGAUAGAGCUAGUCUUUGUUACGCCAUUAUUUAUGAAUAAAAUUAAAUGCUAUAGGUUGGAAUUUGAAAGUAAUUGUAAAAAUAUGAAACUUGAAUAAUCUAUACCACUAUGGCAUAUAUUCCUAAUAGCAAAAUUAGGGCUGAAAACUAGGUGGAAAACAAUUUCAGGGUGCAACUGUUGAAACCUCCAAAGACAAUACCUGAGGUAGACUAGAGUUGAUGGUGAACUUUUUCCAAAGGAGUGCUGAUCUGUGUAAGAAAUGUAACCUUUUGUGUACUGUGUUGCCUUAGCAGCAUUCACAAGUUGACUUUUGUUAACACUGGCAACAACAUCUUGUAAAUUUUUAAUAUAAAAUUAAGAAAAGUUGGAAACCAUAUUUUCAUUCACAGUAUUCUCUGAGUAAAUCAGAGCAAUAUGGUCAGAUCAUUAUUAUUUUCAGUGAUGCAGCAUCUCAAAUACAGGGUUAUAUAAUGUGUGUGGCAUCCCCUUCUAAAAUAUGCAAAGUUGUGUUUUUUAAAUAUAAAGAUGUUAAAGAAAAACAAAUUGAUUGAUUGGCAGUUUUCAUAGACUUCCCUGUAGCUGAAUUGAGUUAUUCACUAGCAACUUUUAUGCACAACAUUCACUUGAUUAGCCAGAGCAUAACCAGCAGUGAUUCUAAGUUUAGUGAUGAUUUUGGACAACAUUUGUAAAUACUGAUCUACUCUCCAUUUAUUUUUCCACUGCUGUACUUCAGUCUGAAGUGCCUAUAUAUUGCCUGGUGUUAGCCAUAUUAUAAAGCUAUAUUAAUAAGGCCCAUGAUUAACACUUAAAGUUAAAUUAUUUGCAUAUCCAUCUACUGGCUGAGAGUUUUGUUAAAUUAGGACUGCUUGAUCAUCACAGAUUUACAAAACUGGGAUUAAAGUUAAGGUAGUUCUAACACUCAGCAAAUGACCACUGUGAGAACCAUUUUUCAGGCAGCAUUGGUGAUUUUGUGUGAAGUCACAAUUUAUCUGUUAAUUAAAUCAAAACAUUCUGUUUCCCCAACUGCCUUUGGAUGUGGGUUAUGGGGCCUACAACAUUCUGGGAGAAAUUUAUCUCAGCAAAUUCUAUCAUUUAAAAUCUUAAAUAUCUAGGAUGCAAUAUUAAAACAUUUCCAAAGCACUUGAGUGUAUAAUUUGAAACCUCUGCAGGACCAAUGUUCUGUUUUAAUGAGACUUAGUUUAUCUUUUUUUAAAAAGUACACCAGCUAAUUGACUUGAUGUAGUUUGAAUGUAGUCUAUAUUUGUACAAAUAUUGCACUUGCAAAAGUUUUACAAAAUGCUGCAUUUACCAUUUGUUAAUAUCAUUGGAGGCGGAAAUAAUCUCAUGGUUUGCAAUGUUAAUUUGGCAUUGUGAUAGGUCAAAUUUGUAUACUGUUUAAUUACACCAUAUUUUCUGAGUGUACCGUGGAGGAAAAAUAGAUGGUAAUGAAUUGGCUAAAGAAAAAAAAACUCUUAGUUUUAUAUAGUAGAGCACUUAAAUAAUAACAUUUAUUUCUGAAUAACUACAGUAUUCUGCAAAGGAUUUUCUAAGCAUUGUUUUCACUUCUGAACACAUUUUCCACAACUUUUAGUGAAAACUUCAUUGAGUGGGAAUUUCUUAGUAUGCUCUGAGCAGACCUUCGCAUGUAGAAUAUGUCAUGUCAUUUUAACCUGGUAAUUCUUCAGAGAUCUUUUAUUCAUCCCACCCAGUUCUUCCUUGCCUAGUAUUGAAGAGUUUAAUGGACUGCUUUCUGCUGAGGAAGGUACCUACUAAGAAAUUAUGUAACUUUAAAAUUGGACUUGUAUUUGAGCUACUUAAAUUUAAUGUUUUGAAUAAUGCCAGACUACAGUUACCCAAUGCUAACAAGCUUUACAAAAUCUGAAUAAUAGCUUAUUUAGAACAGAAGCCUGAACUUUGACACUUGCUAUGCAAAUUCUACUUGGUUUAGUUUUUAGCUACAAUAUUGGGCUAAUUUAUGUUAAUGUUUCUUAGUUUUGUCUGGAUGGAAGGAAGAGUCGAAAGUGUGAGAUUGUUGCAAUACAAGCAGUUUUGAAUUAAAUAUGUCGUCUCUGGCUUAAAUUAAGGAUCUAUAGGUAAAUCCCUGUCAUCUCUGGCCUUGAUUUUGUUUUCUCUGCUUUGGGUUCUUUGGUUAUUUCAUUAGAUCAGUCCUCAACAGCUAAGCACCCCAGGUGAAUCAAUGGUCCUGAACCUUAAAGAUCACUAAAACAAAGUUCAAACAUAAUGCUCACUAAACUGGGAUAGAUGUAGGGAUUGUCAGUGUCUUCAUGUUAGCGAGAGGGUUCUUGUUCCUUUUUGCCGUCCAGUGACCCCUAAUGGAGAGGUGUGUGUGACAUUAUCAAGGCCACAUUAGGCUCAGCUAUGAGGUUUUAAAGGUGAAUAACUCGUCGGGAAUGUCCAAAAUUGCUUGUAAAGGUUGUUCAUGAGCACUAAUUUAGGAUGAGUUAUUGGCUUCAAAAAAGGAGAAAGAAUGCUGACAUUUCCUCAAACAUAAUUUUGAUAAUAUAGGGGUAUCCUCUUUUACCACCUACACUACUGAAACUUUUUCGAUUAACAGUUAUUUCCACAAAAUUCUAAAAGUGCAGUAUUUUUAAUGUUCUAUGUGAGCAUUCAGUUAGUUUUAAAACAUUUUGUGCAAACUAGCUGUCCAAUUGUACCUCAAUACAUGUUCUCAAAGUACAUGCAGAUCUCCUGCAAAGGUCACUGUAGCACUAGGAUGAAAAUGCAUUACAAAUGGGUUUUUUCUCUUAAAUGUUCUGAUGUAACUGUUGGUAAAUGCAGUGCCUGGUGUGAAACUUAGCCCUACAUACUGGGAAGUUACCAGGUUCCAUCCCCAAUCGCUACUGAACUAGCUAAUCUCACCUAGGAUUGCGGGAGAGAUUUAACGGUUAGAUAAGUGCUCGUGUGGAGGGGGAGUUUAAAUAAUGCUCCUGCACACCCUCCCAGAUCAGUUGCUCCUGCUGGAAACUACGUGUGCAUUUUGGAUGAGGCUUGAUUGAGAUGCCCCCCAAAGUCAGGAAUUAUAGAAUUGGCCCCCACAGGACAGGAGAGAAUUUGGGUUGGGGAAGAAAUACCGUCAAUUUUAUUACUACAUUCUCUGGUCCCUGCAUAUUUGUCAAUCUUUCCUCCGAUUUGGGUUUAUUUUUAUGCUGUCAUUUCUAUAAAAGUUAUUUGCUGUUUUUACUCUGGAAAUAAGAAAUGUGAUACACAGUCAUAAGAAUCUCUUCUGUGAAUAUGUUCUCUAAUGUCUAAUCACCUGUAUAUUUUAUAACUGUGUUACUGGUCACUUUCACCACCAAUCUAAAGGAACAGUUUUCAUAAUCCUAUCAAAGUUGUGUUCCUUAAAGAAAUUUUGGUUUAUUUCUAAUGCAAGGACAAUGACAUUCAACAUAGUUGUUUGAAAAUAAUAAAAGUUAACAUUAAAAUCCUA